CAGGUGUGUGGAGGGGUGUCGGCCGGGAAGAUACCUGCGCUGCCCCCCACCCCACCUGGACUGAAGCCAGCAGCCUGCAGGGAGCAGCUGGCUCUGUCCCCCAACACCUGCCCAGCCCUGCCACGGGCUGCCCCAGGGGCCCUGGGUGAGUGACGACGGCCCCGCCCUGCCUUUCUCCAGGGAUGGCUGCUGGGCUCAGCCCUCGGCCCUGUUCCCAGGGAAGGCAUCACCAGGCAGGCAGCAUGAGUGAGGGCUGCUUGAGCCCCCGCACCUGCCGGCGGCUGCUCCGGGGCCAGGCAGGGGUCCUGCCCGUGCCUCCACCCAGCGGUGUGGCCAUCUUUAUCAGCUCUGUCGUGUCAGAUAUGGAUGCAGAGAGAGAAUUCCUACAGAGAAACGCCUACCCCGAGCUCCAGACCUUCUGCCAGAAGCUUGGCUUGCAGUUCGAGGUCACUGAUCUGAGGUGGGGCCUCCCGAGCUUGCAGGCCACCGCACACCUGACCCCCGAGCUCUGCUUGGAGGAGCUAGAGCGCUGUCAGAGGACGUCUGUGGGCCCGGCCUACGUGGCUCUCCUAGGCAACCAAUACGGCCCCCGUGCUGUGCCACUGCAGAUGGAGGAGAAGGAAUGGAACAUGGUUCGGUCCCAGCUGGCUGCCAGCCCACGCAACAUGGAGCUCCUGGCCCAAGGUUUCUGGAUGGACGAGAAUGCCAUCCCUCCAAGCUACGUACUUCAUGUGCCAGGCGCUGGACAGCCCCGAGAGCCCGAGGACACCACCCUGGCCUCUGUCCUCCGUUCCGGGGCUCAGGAGGCCUGGCGCCUGGGGCUGCUCACCCAGGGCCAAUGGCUGCGUCACCAGUGGUCAGUCAUUGAGUGGGAGCUGGAGCAGGGCCUGCGGGGCCCUGGAGCCACUGUGUUUGUGCGAGACAUCCACGACCUGCCCAAACACCUGCUGGAUGACUGCGCCCUCCCGAUGGCCGACCGGCUCCCCGAUGGCUGCCCCGACACCGCUGCCCAGGCCCUGCUCGGCAGCCUCAAGGGACGCCUCACCCAGGAGCACCCAGGCGUCCUGCAUACCCACCACCUGCCGUGGAGCCGAGACCUGGGGACCCCCAAAAGCAAGGCCCAUGGCCGCUACCUGAAGGAGCUGAGCGAACAGUUCGUGGCCAAGACCACCCACCAAGUCCUCCAGCACUUCCGGGAGCUGCAGCCGGCUCCCGAGCUGCUAUGGCUCUUCCAGGAGAUCCGCCACCACCUCAGGCAGGGCGCCGAGGCCACGCGCAUCUUCUGCGGACGCCAGGGGCUCCUAGCCCGGCUGGGGGAACAGCUCAGAUGUGAUGACAGCCGCCCCCACCCGCCCCUGGUUCUGUGCGGCCCACCCGGAGUGGGCAAGACCACCCUGAUGUGCAAGUUGGCCCAGGAGAUGGCGGGCUUGCUCCGGCCGCACACGGUCACCGUGCUGCGACUGUUGGGGACGUCGCUGCAGAGCCGGGAUGCCCGCGGCCUGCUGGGCAGCCUGUGCCUCCAGGUGUGCCUGGCCUUCGGGCUGCCCCCGCCUCCCGCGCAGGUGCUGGCCACCCACGCCAGGUCUGGGCCGUUUUUCCACGCCCUCCUCCACGCCAUCUCCCGCCGGCGCUUCGAGUCGCUGGUCCUCCUGCUGGAUGACCUUGAUUCUGUCUGUGGCACGAGGCUCCCGGGGCUGCCUCUCCAGUGCCCGCCCGGGGUGCAUCUGAUCCUCUCGGCUUGUUCGGGCCAAGGGGGGUUCCUGGAGACUCUGAGAGAGACCCUCAGGGACCCUGACGCCUACUGGGAGGUGCAGCCGCUCUCCGGAGACCAGGGUCUGGAGCUACUGCGGCUGCUGCUGGCAGACGCCAGGAGGACGCUGAGGCCUGAGCAGACGGACCUGGUCCGGGUCAGCUGCCUCGAGGGUGGCCACCCGGGCCACCUGAGGCUGGCCUUCGAGGAAGCCCGCACGUGGGCUUCCUUCACCACGCCCGCCCCUUUGGCUGCAACACCCGAGGGGGCCACUCACCAGUUCUGUGCCCGCCUGGAGCAGACCCACGGGCAGCUGCUGGUGGCGCACGUGCUGGGCUACCUCGUAUGCUCACGGUACGGGCUCUCGGAGGCGGAGCUGAAGGACGUGCUGUCCUUGGAUGAUGAGCUCCUGCAGGCCGUGUAUCAGGACUGGACGCUGCCCAGCCAGGAGCUGCUGCGCUUCCCACCCCUGCUGUGGGUGCGGCUCCGGCGUGAUCUGGGGCGCUGCUUGGCCCGGAGGCCCGGGGACGGCUGCACGCUCCUGGCCAUCGCCCCUAGACAGCUGGCCCAGGUGAUCUGCCAGCGUUACCUGUCCGGGCCGGAGAGGGCUAAGAGACACAGCAUCUUAGCCGACUUCUUCUCGGGCACCUGGAGUCAGGGCACCAAGAAACUCAUCAGUCUGCCGCUUGUGGGAAAGCCCCUGAACUUGGACCGCAAGGUGGCCCCCCAGCCCCUGUGGUUCUCAGACACCGUGGCAAACCUGCGGAAGCUGAGCGAGCUGCCCUGGCACCUGCUACACGCGGGGCGCCUGGAGGAGCUGCGACAGGAAGUGCUGGGGAAUCUCAGCUGGAUUUCCUGCCGGGCCAUCUCGGGGGGCAUCGAGAGCCUACUGGAUGACUUUGCCCUGUGUGCUCCAGUCCUGGACUCUGCCGAGGCUGACCUGGUCCGUGGAGCCCUGCGGCUCUGCCGCCCCACCGUGGAGUUCCGUGGCAUUGAGAGAAGCAUCCUGUACACGGAACUCUUGGGCAGGCUCCAGUUCUUCGCCUCCUCGCACCCAGCACUGGUGGGGCGGCUGUGCGAGCAGGCCCAGAGCUGGCUGCGGGCAUGCCCACACCCUGUGCUGGUGCCCUUGGCUGGGUUCCUGCCUCCCCCAGGAGGUCCCCUGCAGGCCACCCUCACCGGCUGUCACCAAGGCAUCACGGCCAUGACAUGGAGUGAGGAGAAGCUGCUGGUGGUGGGCACCCAGGAGGGCAUCGUGGUGGUAUGGGACGUGGAGGAGGAGCAACUGCUUCAUUUUCUAACCGGGCACUCAGGAGCUGUGAGGUGUCUGCGAGUCUUUGCCGGGGGCACACGUGCCCUCUCUGCCUCCAGUGACUGCUCCCUGCGCCUGUGGGACCUGCGGUCUGGCCGACAGGAAUUCUGCAUCACGAUGGAUGCGGAGGGCAGCUUGCCGCACGUCCCCGGCCCACGCUCCUGGAACCUGCACGUGGACGAGGCCAGUGGGGUGGUGUACGCAGCCAUGGGCUCCAAGAUCAGCGCCUGGAAGCCGCAGAGCACCGAGCCCGUCUUCUGCGCCGUAGGGGAUGCUGCCGACCCCUGGCUCUGCACGGCCCUGCUGGCUGGCCAGGCCGGGCUGCUGGCCGUGUCCCGAGGAGGCGUGGUCCGUCUGUGGCACUCGGCCACGGGGAGCCCACAGGGGGAGCAGCGCAUGUCCAGCGUGGGAGCAGAUGGGGUCCCCACCUGUGCUGUCUCGGGUCAGAGGCAAGGGCUGGUGGUCAUCGGAUUCAGCGACGGCUCUGUCUGCUUGGUUUCCAUCACAGGAGACAGAUUGCUGGAGAAGGUUCCGGAAGCUGUGGGGUGCCUGGCACUUUCGGAGGACGAGUCCCUCCUGGCUGCAGGCUUCGGCAGCCGCAUGCGGCUCCUCCUGGCCGACGCACAGGCUUUCCAGCGCUUCGGGGCCGCAGAGCUGCAGCACGAGGCCGCGGUGGAGUCGGCCGUGUUUGGGCCUGAGAACAACCUGCUGGUCACGGCAUCCCGGGACGCACGCGUGCAGGUGUGGAGUGUGUCCGAACAGGGCAGUUUGCUGGCCAUCCUGGACGGCACUGGGAGCCUGCUGGCCCGCGGAGGGACUCUGGUGGCGGCAGCCUCACCGGAGGCGGCCACCUUCACCGUCUGGGACCUCCGCCGGGUGCCGAGGGCCCGGGCCUCAGCCACCUUCCUGGACCGCACGGGACUCACUGCGGUGUCCCACCAGGGCGCCUACCUGUACUACCCCAGGGUCGGGGACAAGCGCAAACUCACCGUGUGGGACGUGGCGGCAGGUGAGGAGCAAGGCUUCCUGGACGUGUCCAGCGAGGUGCGGUGCGUGGAGGUGGCCGAGCAGGCCCAGCUGCUGUUGGCCGGCCUUGCCUCGGGCGUCGUGCUCCUGUUCCCUCUCAAGUCCAGGCAGGACGUGGUCUGCGUCCCCCCUCCCGAGGCCCGCCGCGCCGUCACGUGCCUGUCCCUGGACAAGCGCGAGACCCGCCUGGCCGUCGCCUACGACAACCUGGUGCAGGUGCUGGACGUCGGCCCCGGGGAUCCCUGCCCGGUCGUCGAGGGGCCCACGUACACCUUCUACACACAGCUGCCCGAGAGCAUCACCUGCGUGGCCAUGCUGGGCGACCACCGUGUGCUCUACGGCAUGAGCCGCGGGGAGAUCUUCCUGUACGAGUGCGCCAGCGCCCGGGUGUGCGCCCUGGAGGCGCACGGCGCCCGAGUCACCUGCCUGCACGUCAGCCACGGGGAGCAGCUGGCUGUGAGCGGAGCCGAGGAUGCUCUGCUCUGCCUGUGGGACCUGCAGGCGUGCAGGUGCACCGCCGAGAUGGGCUACAUGGCUGCUCCUAGCCGCAGUGGCGUCCUGAGUGCCUGUUUCUCCCAGAACGACAAGUACGUGUACGCGGGCCUGAAGGACGGAUCUGUGAUUGUCUGCAGCACGCUGGACGGCUCCCUGCUGACCGUCCAGUUCGUCCACGCCCCAGUGAACAGGAUCGUGCCCACCCGCGAUGGCUUUGUUGCCCCCACCCGAAGCGGUUACGUCCUGCGGGAGUGCUUCCAGCCCUCUGCCUCGAGCCCCAGCCUCCAGCCGGACCCCCUCCGCAGCUUCAAGAAAGCGGUGUGGGUGGUCAGAGCCACGCAGAGGAGAGCGCUGGCCAGGACGGCACAGAUUCCCGGGGACUUGGCAUCCCACAGCGCCCGUGGGCACGGGGCCCGGUCCAACAAGCGCUCGCAAGUCUGCGUGUUGGUGUAGUGGCAGCUCCUCUUGGCUGGGGGGGCCAGGACUG